AGAUUCGUUAAUUUUCAAUUUCUUCGAGCCUUGUUAUUUUGCUAGUUAAACCAAUCAAUCUUUCUCGCAUUCGUUUUACAUCAGUUCAAUUCACGUAUUUUUGAUUUCGUUUUGAAUUUGCUCUGGCAUCUCUAUAUCAGAACGUGUUUCCAAAAACGGCUUAUGUGUGAUGUUUGACUUAUAAAAAUGUUUUUUGCUGGAUAUAAAGUAACUUAAUUCAUGAAAGGCUUGUGUAUUUGAAACUAGUUAGUAGUGGAUAAAGUUUGUUAUAAAACUUAUUAAUGACAUAAAACAAGAUUUAAAGUCAAGUAUUGAAAUUUUAAUUCAUAUAUCACGAAAACGAUCAACAAAAACGAAAUAGCUGUACAUCUAAGACAAUUUGGAUGGAUUGUGCUUUCAACGGAGUUUAGUAUUCAAAGAUUUUCAAGAGGCAUAACCUCUAAUCCUAUAGAAUGUCCAAACGUCGCUUGAAAGGUCCGGGAUUGAAAAUCAAAGUUGAAGAACCAUCUAACUCAAAUCCAGUAACACCACCAAGAAACCUAGACAAAACUGCUACCAUCACAAUUGGAAGUAAUACUUUUGUUGUUGAGGCCGAUAAUCUAGAGAAGAUAUGUGAUCUUGGCCGAGGAGCUUACGGAAUCGUGGAAAAAAUGCGCCACAAACAAACGAAUACUAUUAUGGCGGUCAAAAGAAUUACUGCUACUGGCCAAACGCAAGAGCAGAAAAGAUUAUUGAUGGACUUGGACAUUUCAAUGCGAGCAAGUGAUUGUCAGUACACUGUCCAUUUUUAUGGAGCCCUUUUCCGCGAGGGCGAUGUAUGGAUUUGCAUGGAAGUGAUGGAUACUAGUAUAGACAAAUUUUACCCAAUCGUAUUUAAAAACGGUCGGAAAAUGCCUGAAGAUAUUCUUGGUAAAAUCGCGGUCGCAGUCGUUAACGCACUUAAUUAUCUCUACACAAAACUGCGUGUAAUUCAUAGGGACGUCAAACCAUCCAAUAUAUUGAUAAACAGGGUGGGGGAUGUAAAAAUGUGCGAUUUUGGAAUUUCAGGUUACUUAGUUGACUCAGUAGCUAAAACUAUAGACGCUGGUUGCAAACCAUAUAUGGCCCCCGAAAGGAUAGAUCCUCAAGGCAACCCCGGAGAGUAUAACAUCAAGUCAGAUGUUUGGUCUUUGGGAAUCAGCAUGAUUGAAAUGGCUACUGGGAAUUUUCCUUACAGCACUUGGGGAUCUCCAUUUGAACAGCUCAAACAGGUUGUCAAGGAUGAACCACCUCGAUUAAAGUCAGACGAUUUUAGUGAUGUGUUCAAAAAUUUUAUAAUUGCAUGCUUGCAGAAAAACUUCCACAAUCGGUAUAAUUACGAACAACUUUUGAAUCACCCAUUCAUUCAGGAACACACGGAAAAAACAACGGAUGUCGCGUGCUUUGUGAGUGAAGUUUUAGAUUUGGCCGCUACGGUCCAACAAUCCCAGUGAUAAAACUAUAAAUACAUUUAAUUGAGGGUUUUAUACGUUAAGAAUCCUACUAAGAAACAAACAAUUACAGUUUAUUGUAAUGAAUUAUUUUGCCACAAAUAAUUUGCCAUAUUUUUGUGUUUUUCCUUGAUUUUUCAUAAACUUUAUAUUUCUGUACGAUAGGAAAAAUAAAAAUCAUGCAAAACUGUGAAACUUCAAUGAGUUUUUAUGAUCAACUCUACUUUAAUUAGUUAAUCAUGAAAAUCACUUCCUUUCAUAUACGUAAAUUCGAAAAUUUUACGUCCCAAAAU